CGUACCUUUUCCGCGCGCGCGCAUCGCGAUUCGCGAGUCGAGCCGAGCCGAGCCGCUGGCUUCCUUCUCCCGACUCCACUCCCACGGCGGCCGGUCUAGGUAGCCGCGCCUGCCUACGGCCACGCCCAGCUCGAGAAAGGCGUGCGCAUGCCGUCUAUGGCGCCUCCGCUAUAAGGAGGAGAAGCAAGCGCAAGGCCAGCAAAAAGCGUCGCGGGGCCACGAUCACGACCCUAUUUUGGCCCGCCCGCCUCCGCUUAUACGCCGCGCCGGGGAGGCCGCUACUCCGGCUCACCUUCGGACCUUCCCCUCUCUCUCUGUCUCUCUCCAGCCCGUUCCGCCGCUUCUACCACCUUCCUCGCAGCCAAGGCCCUCUGCACGGCGCCUGUGGUGCAUGGGCGGCGGCCGCGCCGUGACGACGACGACGACCGCGCCGCCAUGACCACCACCACCACGGCGGCGGCGGCGGCCGUGAACGUGGCCGCGGUCGCGCAGCUCUGCGCCGGGCCACGGCGGCGCAAGCCGGCGGCAGGGGCUCGGGUCGACCUGCGCUGGGCGCGCCUGCUCCGCCUCGCCGUCGUCACCAGGGUGCUCGGCGUCGUGCGCGACCAGCUGCUCGCCUGCUCCUCCUGCGGCGGCGGGGGCGGUGGCGCCGCCCGCCGCCGGUACCUCCGCCUUGGCCCGCCCGCCGGAGCCAACGCCGGUCCCGUGCUGUCACCGGUCGACAGGGACGACGACUGCGCCGCCGACGCCGAAGCCGCGGCCCCUCGCGACGCGGCCGACGACGUUGACAACGUCGUCAGCCUCAAGGUCAGCCUGCUCGGCGACUGCCAGAUUGGCAAGACCAGCUUCAUGGUUAAGUAUGUGGGAGAUGACGGGGAGGACCAGAACGGCUUGCAGAUGACGGGCCUGAAUCUCAUGGACAAGAUGAUGGCCGUCAGGGGAGCUAAGAUUGCCUACAGCAUCUGGGAUGUGGCAGGAGACCACCAGUCCGUCGACCACAUCCCAAUCGCGUGCAAGGACGCCGUGGCGAUCCUGUACAUGUUCGAUCUCACGAGCCGCUGCACGCUUAAUAACAUCGUAGAUUGGUACGAGAGGGCGAGGAAAUGGAAUAAGACGGCUAUUCCAAUCCUAAUCGGGACAAAGUUCGAUGACUUUGCCCAGCUUCCUCUUGAAAUGCAAUGGACCAUUGUUAACCAGGCCAGAGCAUACGCAAGAGCGAUGAAGGCGACCCUCUUCUUCUCGAGCGCGACGCACAACAUCAACGUGAACAAGAUCUUCAAGUUCAUCACGGCCAAGCUCUUCGACCUGCCGUGGACGGUGGAGCGCAACCUCACCAUCGGCGAGCCCAUCAUAGACUUCUGACGACCUCCUCCGCUAGCUAAGUAAUUAGACAGCACACACGACGAUCCUUGUUGGUAUCACGGGUUGACAGGGUCGUCGCCUCCUCUUGCCCUGUGCGAGUCGCCGGAGGCAUGAAGUUGAAGUGACCGAGCAUGCCCGUCGUCCUCUUCCUCCUGAUUGCCGACAGCAGCAGGCAGGAUGUCCUCUGUACAUAGGUGACGUUUCCGCAUGAGGGAGCAUCGUCAAAAUGGCAAGACCGCGAGGUGUGACUGUAGUAGUGUAACACCCGUCUGUAACAUUCGCCAGACUGUAUAGGAAUCCAUGUUAAUUAGAGCUAGUUUGGCAGCCACAUUUUUAAAAGGGAUUUCCAUUUUCCUUUCCCUUGGAAAAAUGUUUGUCAAACUAAUCCUUAAUAUACCCUCCGUUUCCGUUGACAAAAAAAA